AUGUCAACUUCAUCAUUAGCUUCAUCAACAACAAAUACUUAUAAUGAAACUAGUGGAUUAAAUGGUAAUUCAUCAACAUUACAAUGUCGUAUACAAUAUCUCGAUGAUACGGAUCCAUUUUCAAGUGUAAAUUUACCUGAACCAGCUCGACCACCAUCAUUUACAUUUCUUACAUCAACUGUCUUAAGUAAUCAAAUAUGUAGUGUACAUAAAGUUCUUAAUGCUCCACAUAAAAUUGCUGAUUGUACACUUCAAUUGUGUCGACAAGAUGGAAGUCGAUCUGAACUUGGUCCUUAUCUUGAUCUUGAUCAAACACUCGAUGAACAACGAGAAGAAAUUGAUGUUUUUACAGAAGGACGUAAAUGGUCAAUAGUUCUUCGUACUCAACUUAGUGUACGAGUCCAUGCUUGUAUAGAUAAAUUAUUGAAUUCAGAUGGACGUGAAUUACGACGAUCACUUUUUUCACUUAAACAAAUUUUUCAAGAUGAUAAAGAUCUUGUACAUGAAUUUGUUAAUAAUCAAGGUUUACAAUGUUUAGUUAAAAUAGGUGGUGCAGCUGAUCAAAAUUAUCAAAAUUAUAUUUUACGAGCACUUGGUCAAUUAAUGCUUUAUGUUGAUGGAAUGAAUGCUGUUAUGAAUCAAAAUGAAGUUGUUCAAUGGCUCUAUUCAUUAGUAGAGUCAAGUUUUCGACUUGUUGUUAAAACAAGUUUAAAACUUUUAAUUGUAUUUGCUGAAUAUACAGAAACAAAUGCUUUAUUAAUUUUAUCAGCUGUAACUAAAGUUGAUCGAACAGCUAAACGUCUGUUAUGGUCAAAUGCAAUGAAAAUUUUAAAUGAAAUGGAUAAUUCAGCAUCGGAAGUUGUUUUGUUAAUAAUUACUUUAUUUAAUACAGUUUUAGCAGCUAUACCUGAUCAAGAUACAUUUUAUGAUAUGACUGAUGCAUUAGAAAAACAAGGCAUGCAUAGAUGUACACAAUUUUUUCUUAAUAGAAAACCACCAGAACCAGAUCUUGUUGAACAAUUUAAUAUUUAUGAUGCUGCUCUUCGACAUGAAGAUGGCGAAGAUGAUACAACAAUUGGUCAAUCAAUAAGGCGUGUGCCGCGUACAAAAUCAGUAUUUGAUCGAACAUCAUCACGUCGUUAUUCAUCUGUGGAUUUUGAAACAAAUGGUUUUUAUGACAGUCAACAAGAACGUAUGAUAACUGAUAAUAUAAAUAAUGGAAAUAUUCGUCAAAAAAAUUUACAUUUAAUCGAUUCAAUAUUGCGACAACAUGAUGAUGCGAUUGUUUCAUUGAAUGGACAUGAUGAUUUCACCGCAUCGUUGGAUGAUGACGACGAUAGUGAUGAACGAAAAAUACGAGUUAAAAGUUCUACAGCUGAUCGACAAAGUAUGCGACGAUGUUCAUCCAAUUCAAUUUUAACUUCUCAAAAAAAAGAACAAGAAGUGCAAGAAAAACAAUUACAAAAAGUACCACCACCAGACAGUAGUGCUAUACGUCGAAUGCAAAAUCGAUGGGAAGCAGAAACUCAACAACGUGAAGCUGCAGCAGCCAAAGCUCAAAUACCUAAAGCAACAUCAACUGCACGAAAUCGUGAUCGUUGGAACGCUCCUACUGAAACGGCAACACAAUCUGUUGAUGCCAAUCGACUAAAUCAACAACAAUUACCACCAUUAAAAUCACCUCCAGCUGUGGAUACUCAUACUGUUCCGUCCAGUCAUUUUACACGUCCAUCAGCAACUGUUGAUGCUAUUUCACCACCUCCAACACCUUCUCAUCAUUAUUAUCAACAACAACAACAAACAGCACCACAAAGUCCUCGCGCACCUGACACAAAAGUAUUUUCACGACCACCACUUGCUCAUCAAAAAAGUAUAACAAGUAGUAGUGCAAUUGAAGCACUAACACGUCAAAUGAGUUUGUCAUCAGCAACUGGAAAUGAUGCAGCAACAGUAAAUGGUCAACCAACUAUUCUUGUCAAAGAUGCAAAAGUAACACCAUCAACAGAACUUGUUGGUGCUGUUACGCGAGCAAAAGAUAGUUUACAACAAGCAACAAAACCCCCACCACUUAUACUACCUGGGAUUGGUUUAUCUGGUCAAUUACCCGAUGCAUUACUGUCUAAACCUCGAUCGGAUAAUGAUCUUCAAUGGGAAUCUAUUGUCGGCAAAGUACUUUCGCGUAGAUUAGUUGUACAAGAUCUUAAUUUUGAAGAAUUGGAUGAACGAGAUGAUGCAAAUAUUAUGAUGCCUGGAGGUGGUCGACCAGGAUUUCCUCCACCACCACCAAUGAUGAUGAACGGUGGUGGACCACCACCUCCACCACCACCAAUGAUGCUUGGCGGUCCACCACCGCCUCCUCCCCCAAUGGGUGGUGCACCACCUCCACCUCCAUUCUUACCGAGAGGUAUGGGGCCUCCACCACCACCACCACCUAUGACUAUGAGUAAUGGUGGCAUUAAUGGUCCACCACGGCUACCAACAAAACCACAAACAAUUAGUAAAUCUGUCAAGACUAUACGUUUACAUUGGCGUGAAACAGCUCCCAAUAUGAUGCCUACUGUACCAGGAGCUGAAGACUCACUAUGGCAAUCAUUAAUUAAAGUUCAAUUAGAUACUGAAAAAUUAGCGCAACUCUUCGAAUUAAAACAAAGUGACGUUAAAAUCAAGAAAGGUGGUGACGUUAAAAAAGAAAUAACUGUACUCGAUACAAAACGUUCAAAUGCAAUUAAUAUUGGUUUAACUGUUUUACCAACAGCACGAACAAUUAAAGCAGCUAUUCUAAAAAUGGAUAGUAGUGUUAUUAAUAAAGAAGGCAUUGAGAAAUUAUUAACUAUGCUUCCAACUGAAGAAGAAAAAAAUCGUAUAAUAGAAGCUCAAAUGGCUAAUACUGAUAUUCCAUUAGGAAAUGCUGAACAAUUUUUAUUAACACUUGCAUCUGUUGUUGAACUUGAAGCACGUCUUAAAUUAUGGUUAUUUAAACUUGAUUUUGACAAUAUUGAAUUGGAAAUUGCUGAACCAUUAAUGGAUUUAAAAAAUGGAAUGAAAAAUUUAAAAGAAAAUAUAACACUUCGACGUAUACUUGAAGUUCUUCUUGCUAUUGGAAAUUAUCUUAAUGGAAUUGAAUCAAUUGGUUUUCAACUUGAUUAUCUUGCGAAAGUUCCUGAAGUUAAAGAUACAAUACAAAAACAUUCAUUACUUUUUCAUGUGUGCAAUAUUGUCGUUGAAAAAUAUCCUGAUACAAGUGAUCUUUAUUCAGAAAUUGGUCAAAUAACACGAUGUUCUAAAGUUGAUUUUGAUGAACUUGAAUUAAAAUUAAAUAAACUUGAAACUGAUUGUCGAGCUUCAUUUGAUCAUUUACGAGCAAUUAGUAAACAUGAAACACCACAAGUUAAAACAAAAUUGGCAGAAUUUUUAAGUGAUUGUGCUGAACGAAUUUGUUUAUUAAAACUUAUUCAUCGUCGUGUAAUAAAUCGUUUUCAAAAAUUUCUUCUUUGGCUUGGUUAUCCUUCUAGUAUGAUAAAAGAAACAAAAGUAACUGCAUUCUGUAAAAUACUAAGCGAAUUUGCACUUGAAUAUCGUACUACACGUGAUCGUAUAACAACACAAAAACAAAAGAAACAAAAUCGAGGUGAAAGAAAUCGAACACGAGGAAAAUUAAUAACUGAAAUUAUUCCAGAAAAAAGUAAUUUACUUAAACAUGCUUUACCAAAUGAUUCUCGAACAGAUGAUGAAGCUGAAUUUAUUUACCAACGAACCAAUGAGAAAUUAAACACAUCAAGUAGUCGAACAACUAAUGAUUCAACUCGUACGACACCUACUGAAGUCAAACAACAACCAAAAUCACAAACAACACAAUCGAAUGUAUCAAGUGGCUUGGCAGCUGCUGUAAAUAAUGCAUCAAAACAAGAAACAAUGAUGCCUGGUCAUAGACUAAGAGAAAAAGCUUCUGGUAAUACUUUGAAAAAACCUGCUGUUAAAUCUCCAUCAACAUUAAGUGUAAAACCAUCAGCUAAUCCAAAUGAAACUGAAGCUUUUGAUACAAGUGAUGAAUUACUUGAUGAUCUAGUUAAAAAUGCUACAUUAACAGCAUCAAGAGAUGCUCUUAAACAACGUAAAACAGCUCGAUACGGUGGUCAACGACGAUCAUUACGUCGAACACUUCAUCUUGGUUUAAAUGAAGAAGAACGUGCUGAAGUACUUGGUGCUGGAAAAAAUUAA